AUGGAAUCUUGUGGAGAUUGCCACAGCGAAAUCUAUCCCCCCCACCUCCCUCGAGGGAUUGCCUCUUCCCUCCAACAAACACCAUUGCUCCACAAGGCGAGUAAUUUCGCCAAUUCCUCCGAACACAGUCAAGAUUUUGACAGGAUCCUGAAGUCACAGCUUGGUAUUAUGUAUGUAGGACUCUCCCAUCUCCGAUCAACAUUCUUUGGAGGCGUCUGUGGUCUCCAAACAGGAUCUGAACCUGUAUUUCAAAGAUGCACAGGGGAUCGAAAUGCGCUUUUUGUCAAUGGAUGGACAGGAUGGCCCGACAAUGCAAACCAGGGAGGUGUCUUAAGCUGGUUUGCAGGCCUGAGCGAGAAGUUGGCAAAAUUCUCAGCGGACUACGAUCCUCUGUCGGCAGUGGCGGAAGGAGAAUAUCAUCCCCCUGCCAGCUGA